CUUUCCAACUCCAAGUCUUCAGAAAUGACGGGCGGCGGUUGGUUCUAUUGGUUGUGUUAUAUGGUUCAUUAUAAAUUUGUGAUAAAGGCUAUCGAAAAAUUAUGAAAAACACUGAGAAAGUAAAUAUGUCGUGAUAACGUAUGGUGAAUCAUACGCGUACGCAUGCACCUUGUCUGCCACUUCGUAUUUUAUUACUUCAGUGUUAUGAUCGCAUCAUAGCGCACGGUUCUAGACACUCGAAACCAGUCGAUAUUAUGUGGCCCGAACGUGAGAACGACAUAAGAGUUUUACAAUUAUGAUGCCUAUGGUGUAUACAGUGUAUGGUUUUGCUAUAUUUUUUAUGAUUGCGUGGAUUUGUUUGUGGUUAAUUCAUAUAAUGGCUCUGUCAUAUUCGAAGUGGAAAUUGCACCGGACUGUGGACCGGUCGCCACCGGAACAACCAUAUCUCGGAGUUUCUAUCUUGAAGCCUCUCACCGGAGUCGAUCCUAACUUGUUUUCAAACCUGGAAACGUAUUUUACGUUAGACUACCCGACCUACGAGUUGCUCUUUUGUGUGGAAAACGAGCACGACCCAGCUGUGAUGCUCGUAAACAGUCUAAUGCAGAAGUUUCCUCAAGUGGAUGCAAGAUUAUUCGUAGGUGGAUUGUGUGUUGGUGUGAAUCCUAAAAUUAAUAACAUGCAGCCGGCGUACUUGGCGGCAAAGUAUCCGUUAAUAUUAGUGAGUGAUUCCGGUAUCCGCAUGCGAGAGGACACAUUACUGGACAUGGUCCAGCAUAUGAAGGAAGAUGUUGCGAUUGUACAUCAAUUGCCGUUUGUUUGUGAUGCCGACGGUUUCGCGGCUGUGUACGAGAAGGUGUACUUCGGCACAGCGCAGGCGCGUAUGUAUCUCGGCGCCGACUUUCUCGGUAUCAAUUGUCACGUUGGUAUGUCGUCGCUGGUACGAAGAUGCGCACUGGAGGAAGCCGGUGGCCUAGCAGCAUUCGGCGAGUAUUUGGCCGAAGAUUAUUUUAUGGCCAAGGCUGUUGUAUCUCGAGGGUGGCGUAUGCGUGUAGCAUCGUUGCCGGCACAGCAAAAUAGUGGCGCGAAAUCGGUGGGUGCGCUUCAAGCGCGUCUCAAGCGCUGGGCGCGAUUACGUAUAGCGAUGGUGCCGACGACAGCUCUACUAGAACCGCUGAGUGAGUGUCUCCCCCUCGGCGCUGGCGCCGCAUGGGCUGCAGGAGAGCUCUUCGGUGCGGAGCCUCUACCCUUCUUCUUAGUGCAUGUGCUAGUGUGGUUCUUAUCGGACUGGUUAAUGUUGCGUUCAGUGCAAAAUGGCUCGCCUCCUAUUACGAAAGUUGAGUUUCUGCUCGGGUGGGUGUGGAGCGAGUGCUGCGCGCCAUUCGUGCUGGCUGCGGCACUGCUUAACCCUGAGAUAUCGUGGCGGACUCGCAGUUAUCGACUGGACUGGGGCGGCCGCGCCCAUGAGCUCAAACCAAAACUUAAAUUUUGAGCCCCAUACCCUCCCUUAUUGAAAGCUUUAAUUUGAUGUACGUAGUUUAUGUUACAUUAUGUAUGUUGAAUGAGUACAUUUUCAGAGUCCCUGAAUUUGAUUGAAUGUUUAUAAUUAUUAUAUUAGUAUUAAGUUUUUGAUUUUAAUUAAUAUUUAUAAUUUUGAAAUGAAUGGUGGAUACUUGUUAUUCUUGUUUUAGAGUUUUGUAUGUUUAUAGAUUAAAAUAAUUGUCAGCUGUUGCAUAAUUAUUUUCUGGUAGUUAAUUGCCAAUAAUGAUCUGCCAUAUUCAGUUUAAAUUUCAUGUAUAUAUUAAAUUAAUAAAUGAGCGAAAAAGGUAACUGGUAUGUGUAGGCACUGUGAUUCAUUCGCUUAUCAAUAAUGAAUAGCGAAGAUUCCUCACUCUGCUCACUUGAAUUUUUAGAGUGAAUCAUUUUUUGUAACGCUGACCUGCUUUUGCAGUAAGUACAAGUUUUAUUGAUCAAGAACAAAAGGCCGACAUUCUCAUCACAAAUAUGUAUAAAACUGUAUUUUAAUCAUUGCUUAUUUUAAAACAAAAGUACAUUCUAUAUAAAGGACAAAACAAACUUGUAUUCAUUGUUAAUUUAUUCGCCUUUCAAAAAUUACAUUACCAAUGUUACUAAGUAAUUAAAAAACAACUGCAAUUCUAAAUAUGAGUGAACAGGGUUUAUCUCUCUAAUAAUAUUUUUUAAUACUAUCCAAGUUUUUGAAUUUUAUUUUUUCUGUACCUUUGGACUAGGAGUGUUAAAAGAAAUAAUUAUCUGUGCACAUUGGAAAUGGGACCAAAAAGGUUGAAUUAUAUUUUAAUGGUAAAAAAAUAUUAUAAAAGACAGUAUUAAUUUCUCAUGUGAUUAUUCUUUUUUUUUUGUUUCAAUGAACGGUAUUGAGAGAAAAGACUGUAUUUUCUAAUGUAGCUGUGUCCAAAGGUACUUAAUUUUGUUGUGAUUAUAUUAAGAAGUUUUAUUCUUUUAUUUUUUGAAGGUCUUUACUGUGCCAUGAUUACUUGCUUCGGUUCUAUGUAUGCAUGCAUAUUAUUCCUUGUGCAUAACUUCACUUUGGGCUCUAAAUUCACAGGAUAUGAAAUAGGGCAUAACCAACUAAAUUUUAUAAUGCAUUUACUUCAACAAUACAACAAUACAGGCAUAAUGUAUAAAAUAUGAUAUUUAAACUAUUUUGAGUCUUUGUUUCAUAGUUGAAGAUAUAUUAUACUGAAAUUUUAAAGCUGACUUUUCACUAUGAUGUAUAAUAUAAAGUAAUACUACACAGUUUAAUUUUAUAUAGAAUAGUAUACAAAUAAGUUCGAAUAUAUAAUAUAGUCCAGUCCAUGUAUAACACAUAUUUUAUUGCUUUAUGUUAUAUUAAGCUUAUCAAACCCACCCUUUCAUGCCCGCAUUAGUCUUGCUUGUUAUCUGACAGAGCAUUGUAUAUAUUGCUGGUUUUACGGAUCAAAUAUAUUAUCUCUUAGUGUCUUAGUGGAAAUGCCAAUCAUAUGUGAUGUAAUUUAUAUCUAGGUUGUAAUGUAUAUUAUAUUUGUUAGUGAAAAGCCAGCUUAUGUAGACAUCAUAAAGGUAUGCAGUCAACUCAUAUUACUCAUUUGUGGUAAUUUUAAAUUGGUAACCUUGCGACUCGCCUUCUGUCUAAUAAUUUACAUACAUAACAUAUGAACUGGAUUUUCCUGUCAAAUCUGUCUAGCCCUCAACGAAUUGAAGUGUCAUAACUAAUUUCUGAAAGAAUUUUAGUUGUAUGUUUGAAAUACAAAUUAAUUAAAUAUAGUCAAAGAAUUUCA